AUGAUGCUGCGGCGGGAGCCGCUGCUGCGCGGCUACUGGCGGGCCUACGACACGCUGGACGGCGCGGGCUGCAGGGCGGUGAAGGAGCGGGACGUGCCGCUGGUGCAGUUCGCCCUGGGCACGGGCGUCCUGUCGAGCACGCCCACCCACCACAGCCACAUGGCGCACUCCCUCGAUACCCUGGCAGCCGCCAACUACGUCCCGGGCAACAGCUACAGCUACUACAACCCGCUGGCCGCGAGCAAUGCGGCCGCGACGGCGGCGGCGGGCGCGGGCGGCGCGCUGGCGCCGCUCAAGGCAGUGGCGAUGGACAGCGGGACUUGGCCCAUGGACGGCGGCGGCGUGGCGACGUGCAGGGAGCAGGUGUGCCAGGGCACGGAUGACGUCAGCUGGCACGCGGAGGCUGAGGUUGCGCAUGAUCUGAAGCAGGUCAUCAUCAAGAUGCGGGCCCAGCCCAACUGCACCAAGGUCAACCUGACGAUCCAGUGGGACACGCAGCACGACAGCCCCAACCAGAGCACCUUCUGCUCGGUGCCAUACACCCAGCUCACGCGCCGCGCGUACGUCACCACGCCCGACGCCGUGCGGGAGCGGUUCCUGCCGAUAUGGCGGUGCCUGCUGGUAGCGCUGCGCAAGGCCAACGUGACGAGCGAGGGCGCGGACUCUGUCGCCACAGGGGAGGCGUUUGCGGGGCUCUGGCAGUACUUCCAGACGCACGACUGGGACUUCACCUGGUCUGACCCCCAGGUCAGCGAGGUAUUUGCGUUUGAGUUCAAGGUGGCGGCCGCAUCCAUGCCCAACACCUGCGCCGACCGGCCGCAGAUCGGGGGGGCCGACCCCACCCCCAGCGAGCUGGCCUCGCUGUUCGACCUCUUCCAGCACUACCUCAAGACCAUGUGCCUCACGGUGCCUUCUGACGCGACAGUCAUGCAGGCCUCGCACCACGGCCUGCAGGCGCUUGCUGGCCUGGUGGCCCAGAUGCGCACCAACCAGAGCCUGCAGGUCUGGGAGCAUGGCGUGCUGAUGCGGGAGCGGCUCAUCUAUCUGGACUGCUUCAAGCGCAACCUGCUGCCCCACUUUGUGAACGAGCAGCUCACGCGCUUCCACAGGGUGGCCGGCCAGGUGCUGUACCGGCUGUCAGACAUGGUGGUGCCCUGUAACGCGACGUUCAACACGGUGUGGGAGCUCUGGCUGGGGACGGACCCCAACAGGCUCAUGCCGCUGCUCAACGCGCUGGAGAUCGAGCACUACCCCUGCCUGCAGGACAACGAGGCCCCCGAGCCGACGGCGGCGAUGCUCAGCCACGUGUAUGCGCUCAAGGACAUCAUGAGCGCCAUCAGGGCGGCGGCGAUCAUCGUGCAUGACUACGGCGUCAAGGAGUACAAGCUGGAGGGUGGGUUGACGGCGCCUGAUGGGACCCGGGUCCAGGGUUUGAUUCGGUCGUGCCGGCGCUAA